AUGGCUCCUUCUAUCACCUGCGAUACGCCGACUAUGGCGGGUCCAUUCCCAUCUUCCAAGAUUGCUGUUCCAGCCACCCUCAUGCCUGUUCAAUUUGAUGCCGCCAAGCAUUUGGCAUACUCGGCACCAGCAUCCAUCUUGACCAUGAAGGAUCUCAAGCUAGAGCCAACGGCGCUAUCGCCUGUGGCUACCACUGAGCCGUUCCCAUUCAUGUCUCACGACGCUGUGUUGCAGCAUCGACGGGAGCUGUUCAGCAACGAUGUCUUGGAUAAUUGCCUCCACCACACUCGCCCUGGUUCAGUCCAGCUGCGUGGCAUGGCACCAAGAUAUGCCCCUUUCAUCCACAAGUUCUGGCAUUCGCCCGAAGUCCUCAAGAUCGUUAGUGACCUCGCAGGCGUUGAGCUCGUCCCCGCCAUGGACUAUGAGAUCAGCCAUACCAACGUCCAGCUUGGACCGGGUGGGCUUGAGGCUGUUAGAAACACCCCACUUGAGCCGCCUGUCGCAACCGAGGAAGCCAUCAGGCGAUUUGAACAGGACAGGCCCAAGAAGCAGGCUGUUACGGAUCAAUCUAAGCCUAUUAUUGAGUGGCACAAGGAUUCACACCCUUGGGUCUGUGUUGUGAUGCUUUCUGACGCGAGAAAUAUGUCGGGCGGAGAGACAGAGCUCAUGAAGGGAGAUGGAACAACCCUCAAAGUGAAAGCACCACAAAUGGGAUGUGCCGUUUUGCUCCAGGGCAGAUACAUCACGCACACGGCAGCUCCUGUUACCAACAUGCCGGAGCGAGUCACCAUUGUCACGUCGUUUCGGCCCAAGAACCCAGAACUGCUAGACGAGACCACUAACGCCAAUGUCCGCAACAAGUCUCAUCUUACCGAGCUUUACUACCAGUGGACCACGUAUCGUCUUGAUGUCUUGUCUCAGCGUGCUCGUAUAGCUGCGGAUGCAUUGAGGGAGAGGUAUGCGGCCAACAUUGAGAAAUCGGAUCCCCAGGGCAAGGGUGGUCUCUGUCGAGUCGAGACGGUGAAUGUUGCGGAGGUGGAGAAGUGGUCCAAUGAGAUGAUCAAGUAUAUUCAAGAGACGAUGCAUGAGAUGAGGCCUCUUGGUCAAUAGGCAUCUACCGUAUACGGCGGUCCACUAGCCACAUAGGAUGGCUUCAUUGUCCUCAUAUACAAGCCCCAUGUCCUUCAUCAUCCAGCUUUUGACCAGAGACUGCUUGACGCAAUAGAAGUUCUUCAUCUUGAAGCGCCGUUCAAGUGAUUCCAAUUUAGUCAUGAUACA